AUCAAACUAAUUUCCGUACUUUUUGUUGUGCUCCAUAAAAUCCUAAAGUAUUUAAAAAAAAUCGAUCAAAAAUCUUAACAAAGUUAACAGAUUUACUAUCAAAAUCAUAAGAUGGGUAAGAAAAAGGACCUGGACCUAGAGAAAGAGGAAGAUUUUCACGGGUUUUCCCAUAAAAAGCAUAAAAAACAUAAGAAGCACAAGAAAAACAAAACCCAAACGGAACAGCUGGUAGAAUCGUUCGAGUAUGGUGUUCCAGAGGAGGUGGAACAAACGGUUGAAGUUAUGGAGGAAAUCGAAUAUAUGGAGGCCGAUCCGGAACCGGAAAUUAUUACGGAACUGGAAACCGAUGUCACCGGUUUGAGUGCAGCCUCGUUAGAUAACGAUACCAGUAUGAUGAGCCAGUCCAAUGUAUCGCUGGUGGCCCCUUCACCGGGAACAAAGACGACACCCCAGAGCAGCAAAAACCAAUCGUUAUCAAAAUCGAAGAAGAAAAAGGGCAAAGGCAGAGAUAGCGGCACUUCCAGCGAGGAAGAACGAUGGCUGGAUGCAAUCGAGUCCGGUAAGCUGGAAGAAGUUGACGAUGAGCUUAAGAAGAUCAAGCCGAAGGAUCCUAAGCUGAUGACGGCUCGACAGAGAGCGAUGUAUGAAAGGAACACCGAUAAAGAAACAGCUGGUCCGGUUGGGGAAAUUUUGAUGGCUUUGCCAACAGGAUAUAAGGAAAAAGUGAUGACAGCAGAAGCUAUUCAAAAGGCACAGCUUAAAUCGCAAAAGCGGAAACAGAUGGCAGAUGAAAAGAGGGAAAAAGACAAAAAGAAAACGAUGGAGAGAUUGCUCAAGAAGCAGGACUCGAAAUCAGUGAAGGCCAUAAAAAAUAAGCCAGUCAAAGCUCAGAUUCCCGUUAUUACGUACGUGAAUACCGUGGAGGGGGCUUCGAUAUCGUUGCCCCCGAAUGUGGAUUUCCCGCUACAAGCGCAAGCUCCCAAAGAUCCACCGAAAAUAGUGCUCUGUGGAAUGCCAAAUUGCACCAACAUCAAACGGUACAACUGCUCAAAGACCAAUAUUCCGCUGUGCAGUUAUCGGUGUUACAAAAUGAAUGUCGACUCAAUAAAACAAAUUAUUUGUUAGAAGAA